CGACAGUCCGUGAAUGCAUCAUGACCCCACCUCCCGAUGCUGGAGGUGAUUAGCAGACGCUGAGCAGCUCCCACAGACGCGGCUGCAGACACUCUCCGAGUCCGGCGCGGGACGCCUGUCCAUCCACAAUUCAGUUCCACUACACAGCGGGCUCCGAGUUUGACUCCAGAUAGCAGGGACGGGAUUCUGGAGCCGCUUCACACCCGGACAGGCAUUCCUGAAAUCCUGCUUUUGUCCGGAGACUGGAUUUAAAACCAGAGGGAGCAACUCUUCAGCAGUUUAAAAAAAGAGGGGUCACCUGCAGCCAAAAUGGAGGUGAAGACAUCACUUUUAGACAACAUGAUUGGGGUUGGCGACAUGGUCCUCCUAGAGCCCCUGUCUGAAGACUCGUUCCUUGAAAACCUGAGGAAACGCUUUGAUCACAGUGAGAUCUAUACGUACAUUGGCAGUGUAGUGAUCUCCGUCAACCCCUAUAGGUCCCUGUCCAUCUACACGUCAGGCAAAGUGGAGGAGUAUCGCAACAGGAACUUCUACGAACUCAGUCCACACAUAUAUGCUUUGGCGGAUGAGGCGUACCGUUCGCUGAGAGACCAGGACAAGGACCAGUGUAUCCUCAUCACAGGGGAGAGCGGGGCUGGAAAAACUGAGGCCAGUAAGCUGGUGAUGUCAUAUGUCGCAGCGGUGUGUGGGAAGGGGCAGGAGGUGAACAAAGUCAAGGAGCAGCUGCUGCAGUCCAACCCAGUGUUGGAGGCUUUUGGAAAUGCCAAAACUGUGAGGAAUGACAACUCAUCUAGAUUUGGAAAGUACAUGGACAUCGAGUUUGACUUCAAAGGAGAUCCUCUGGGUGGGGUCAUCAGCAUCUAUCUUCUGGAGAAGUCACGUGUUGUGAAACAGCCAAGAGGAGAGAGGAACUUCCACAUCUUUUAUCAGCUUUUGUCUGGAGCCUCAAAGGACACACUCAAGAAGCUGAAGUUGAGCCGCGACUUCAGCAAGUACAACUACCUGAGCCUGGACUCUGCUGUGGUCGAUGGACUUGAUGACGCAGUCAACUUCAGGACAGUCCGAAAUGCCAUGCAGAUUGUGGGAUUCAUGGAGGAUGAAGUGCAGUCUGUGCUGGAGCUGGUGGCUGCCGUUCUCAAGCUGGGCAACAUCGAGUUCAAGCCAGAGUCGCGCUGCAAUGGCACAGACGAAAGUCGAAUCAAAGAUAAAAACGAUCUGAAAGAGAUGUGUGAGCUGCUGGGGAUCGAGCAAUCUGUUCUGGAAAGAGCUUUCAGCUACCGUACAGUCGAAGCCAAAGUGGAGAAAGUGUCCACUACCCUGAACGUAGCACAGGCUUUCUAUGCUCGUGAUGCCCUUGCCAAAAAUCUUUACAGUCGCUUGUUUAGCUGGCUUGUUACGAGAAUCAACGAAAGCAUCCAAGCACAGAUGAAAGCCCGCCACAAAGUAAUGGGUGUGCUGGAUAUCUAUGGCUUUGAGAUUUUCGAGAAUGGAGACAACAGCUUUGAGCAGUUCAUCAUAAAUUACUGCAAUGAGAAGCUGCAGCAGAUCUUCAUUGAGUUGACUCUGCAUGAAGAACAGGAGGAGUAUAUCAGAGAGGGUAUUGAAUGGACCCACAUUGACUAUUUCAACAAUGCCAUUAUCUGUGACCUCAUCGAGAAUAACCAAAAUGGUAUCUUGGCCAUGUUAGACGAGGAGUGCCUGAGGCCUGGGACAGUCACAGACGAGACCUUCCUGGACAAACUGAACACAAUCUGUGCUGAGCACCAGCACUUUGAGAGCCGCCUCAGCAAGAAUUCAAAGUUUCUGAAUGACCACAGCCUGCCACACAAUUGUUUCCGCAUUCAGCAUUAUGCUGGCAAGGUGUUGUACCAUGUCGAGGGCUUUGUUGACAAGAACAAUGAUUUGUUGUACCGGGACCUGUCUCAGGCCAUGUACAAAGCUAACCACAACCUCAUCAAGCAACUCUUCCCUGAAGGGAAUCCUGCUAAAGUCAACCUGAAGAGACCACCAACUGCUGGAUUUCAAUUGAGGGCAUCAGUGGCCACACUGAUGAAGAACUUGCAGACCAAGAAUCCAAACUACAUUCGGUGCAUCAAGCCCAAUGACCAGAAGGCAGCUCACAUUUUCACAGACUCUCUGGUUCGCCAUCAGGUGCGCUACCUGGGCCUGAUGGAAAACGUCCGUGUGAGGAGAGCGGGCUAUGCUUUUCGCCAGGCCUAUGAUCCAUGCUUGGAACGCUACAAAAUGCUCUGCAAACGGACAUGGCCCCAUUGGAAAGGGCCCGCGAGGGAAGGUGUGGAGGUCCUGUUGACAGAUCUCCAUGUACCUGCAGAAGAGGUGUCUUAUGGCCGCUCUAAGAUCUUCAUCAGGAAUCCUAGAACGCUCUUCUUCUUGGAGGAGAAGCGACUGCAGUGUCUGGAGGACCUGGCCACACUUAUUCAGAAGAUCUACCGUGGCUGGAAGUGUCGCUCCCACUUCCUGCUGCUGAAGAAGAGUCAGACUGUGGUGGCAGCGUGGUAUCGCCGAUAUGCGCAACAAAAGAAGUAUAAGAGGGUCAAGAGUGCCACCACUGUGGUGCAGUCCUAUGCCAGAGGAUGGAAGGCCCGUAAGCUGCUAAGAGAGCUGAAACAUCAGAAGCGGUGUGAAGAGGCAGCCACCACCAUCGCAGCAUACUGGCACGGCACACAGGCUCGGACGGAGCUGAGACGUCUAAAACAAGAAGUACGGAAUAAACAUGCUGUGACAGUAAUUUGGGCGUACUGGCAGGGAACUAAGGCACGGAGGGAGCUGCGUCAUCUGAAGGAGGAGGCGAGAAACAAACAUGCCAUAUCGGUCAUUUGGGCCGGCUGGCAGGGUGCCAAGGCUCGCAGGGAGCUGAGGCGACUGAAGGAAGAAGCCAGGUGUAAGAAUGCCGUCGCUGUGAUUUGGGCCUACUGGCUGGGACUGAAGGUCCGCAGGGAGUACAGAAAGUUUUUCAGGGCAAAUGCAGGCAAGAAAAUCUACAACUUCACCAUCCAGAGGAUUAUGCAGAAAUACUUCAUUGGCCUAAAAAAGACAUUACCUUCCAUGUCACCCAUAGACCAGAACUGGCCAGCCAGGCCUUACCUCUUCCUGGAUGGAGUCCACAAGCAGCUCCGGACAGUCUUCCAUCUCUGGAGGUGCAAAAAAUACAGGAGCCAGUUCACAGAAGAGAAGAAGGCGGUGUAUGAGGAGAAGCUGGAAGCCAGUGAGCUCUUCAAAGAUAAGAAGGCUCUCUAUCCGAGCAGUGUGAGCCAGCCUUUCAAAGGAGAUUACCUUGAGAUCGGCAAGAACCCCAAAUACCAAAAACUAAACAGUGUGAUGGACGAGAAGGUUCUGCUGUCCGAUGUGGUUCACAAGAUUAACAGAGCAAAUGGCAAGGGAGCAGCCCGAAUCUUCCUGCUGACAAAGAAGAGUGUGGUCCUGGCUGACCAGAAGACUGGCCAGGUGAAGACCAGCGUUCCACUGCCUGAUCUAACAAGUGUGUCAGUCAGCACACAGAGCGAUGGCUUCUUCGCUCUCAAACUCAAAGAGGGGUCGGCCUCAGCUGUCAAAGGAGACUUCUUGCUGAGCAGUGAACACUUGAUAGAGAUAAUCACCAAACUGCACCAUACCGGGGCCACGUCUGCAGAUAGGGAGCAGCUCAACGUUGACAUCUCGGAUGAGUUCCUGGUGCAGUUCAAGCAAGACAAAGUAUGUGUCAAAUUCAUCCAGGGAGCCUCCAAGAAUGGCGCUGGUGUGUCCUGCAAACGCAAGAACAACCGGCUCCUGGAGGUCUUGGUGCCCACAACAGCAUAAUGCGGCUCCUUUUCCACUUCUUCUGUGUGCUGGUUUUGAAUUAUCUGAGAUAUUUCAAGGCCAAAAACUACCAGCAACUUCAAAACUCUCCUUUCAGAAUUGAUCACCCCAGUGCCCACGUGAUGCCCAAAUAUGAGUGCAGUU